AGGGGAGGGGGCGGCAGCGGGACCCUGCCCGCCGUGCGCCGCCACCAUGACCAGCGCGAUCCUCCGGCGCAACUCCAGCAAGCAGGGCCUGCAGAACCUCAUCAGGCUGACAGCACAGUGGAGCGUGGAAGAUGAGGAGGAGGCGGCGAGGGAGCGGCGGCGGCGGGAGCGGGAGAAGCAGCUGCGGUCCCAGGCAGAGGAGGGCCUGAACGGCACCGGGCCCUGCUCGGAAAGUGCUGCUCUGGCACAGCAAAACCACUAUGACUUUAAGCCGUCUGGGACUUCGGAGCUGGAGGAGGACGAGGGGUUCAGUGACUGGUCCCAGAAGCUGGAGCAGCGCAAGCAGAGGUCUCCAAGGCAGUCCUACCAAGAAGAGGAGAGUGGUGUGAGAGAAGCUCAAGUCAAACUGGAGCAGAUCCAGCUGGAUCAGGAAAGCCCAGAGGAGAAUAUGGUUAUCAGAGAGGAAGAGAGGCUGUGCCAGGAGGAAGAAGAGGUUCAAGAGCAGGAGAAAGAGGAACAAGUUGAGCAAGAGGAAAAGAAGAGAAGGCGAAAUGAUGGAGAGAAGGAGGAAACACCAGAGAAACGCCAGAAGGCCCCAAGCCUCGCCAGCCUGGAGGAGGAGGAGCUGUGCUCUGACCACACUGUAGUGUGCUCCACAAAGCUCACGGACAGAACUGAGUCACUGAACCGCUCGAUACAGAAAAGCAACAGCAUAAAGAAGAGUCAGCCUCCUCUCCCGGUGUCCAAGAUCGAUGACAGGCUGGAGCAGUACACACAGGCUAUUGAGACCUCCUCAAAGGCUCCAAAACCUGUGCGGCAGCCCUCUCUUGACCUUCCCACCACGAGCAUGAUGGUAGCCAGCACAAAAAGCCUCUGGGAGACUGGGGAGGUCACAGCCCAGUCUGCUGUGAAGCCCUCAGCCUGUAAGGAUAUCGUGGCUGGAGACAUCGUGAGUAAAAGAAGCCUUUGGGAACAGAAGGGGAAUCCCAAACCUGAGAGCAGUGUCAAGUCCAUUCCUUCUGGCAAAAAGUACAAGUUUGUUGCAACGGGCCAUGGCCAGUACAAGAAGGUGUUGAUAGACGAUGCUGCAGAGCAAUAGUGUGUCUGCAGAACUCAUUAACCAGCUGAGCUUGAUCCUGACUCAAUGCAACCCUCUGUGCCACUAUUUCCUCUGCUCCACAGAAGAUAAUUGAAGGAUGUUUCUCUUCUCCUGACUGCUGUCAGUCUGCUUUGGGUACAGCCUGACUCCUCCUGGGGUUUGAGCAGUACCCCACACUGCCUCCAGAUGGAUGAAAGGAACUAGAUCAGCUGACAAAACUCAUCCCUGUUUUAAUUUUCUAUGUUACUCUUUGGCUUUUUUUUCUCUUUUUCCUUUUUUUUU